GUUUUUUCAUCGAAUACGUCGAUAAACUAUAUGCUUGGAUAUACUCAGUUGCAAUUCUUAGAACAAGCAUUUUAAUAUUGCUUUAAUUUUCUUAGUAUAUAUGUUAAAAUCGUAAAAUGAUUCAAUUACUUUCAUAUAUCAUUCGCACUCAUAGUUUAAAUUUGUACUUCUUUUGUAAGCAUUUUAUUUAUAACUAUAGUUAUCGUAUGAGCAUAUUAAUAUGCGGAACGUGAGGAGCGGUUGAGCAUAACUGGAGCAAACACAAAGCCUCCGCACAUGGCACUCGGUGCACUUGCACUCUUGGCCAUGUGGAGGCCGACUUAAUCAAUGGGAAACGCUCGCUGGGAAUGGGCACCGAUUGGAGCCAGCUUGGCGAGCGUGGGCGGGGGUGAAGGAUAGGGGGUAAGGAUUGGGGAUUGGGUAUCGGGGAUGCCUGCUCUUUUCAGCAAUGUGUGAAUGCGGAACUAUUGAUUUUGCAAUAAAAGUGCGCGCGCAGAGCCGAGAUUUUGUGUGCCAAAAAGCGAGAGCAGAAAAAUUCACGAGACCGACCCGCCACGAUAUGUGGCAUGUUGUCGGCGGUCAGUGAGGAGAAAAUCCGGAGAGCUGGAGAGCUGCAAAACCCGGAGACUUAGAGACCCGGAGACCCACACGGAGCCGACCCGAAUGCAGUCGCCAGUGAGGAGCAGAAGCCUUGGGUCACGAGCCACCAGCUGCCAGUAACUCGAAGGGAAAAAUCUAAUUGCCAACAAAAUAGUACUGCUCAAGAGUUAACAAAUAAUUGUAGAUAAAUUGCAUAAAACCCCUUUAAAUUCAUAAAAAAAAAGAAGGGACAAGGCAGUGACUUUGGAGGCAGUCGCUCAAGCGAACAACACGUGAUGCAACUGGCCAGCAUAUGAACUCCAGUGAUUAAAGUGAAUUUCUGUGUGCGGGGUCAGCUAGGCCAAAAAUCAAUAGGUUGGCCUAUCCAACAAAAAAAAAAAAAAAAAUAAAAUAAAAUAAAUUAAAAACGUGUGUGUCCUCCUCCAGCUGGAAACGUGCGCAGCCAGCAAAGUUUGGCAUUGUGGUGCGAAAGGAAAAACAGCCAGAGGAAAAUCUUAACCUACGCAGGGCCAUUAUAUAACAUAGCACAUCAUACACCGCCCACGCAGCAUUUUGCAGCCACGAAAUCGAUAGACUACAUAAAAAAAAAAAAAAAACCGACAUUAUGACGAGCUUCUAAUUGGAUUGCACGCGAGGGAUUAACCACUGGGCUUUUGGAUCGCAGACAGCGAAUUACAGGGUAGUAGUAGCCAGAAGCCAGAAGCCAUAAGCCAUAAGCGAUGGGCAAAAAGAAGGUGGCCACCGAGGACUUGGUUGUCCCGCCGCAGGACACUCGGAUAUGCGGCACCAUAUGCAUUUGCCAGAUGACAUUGGUGCUGAGUUCGGUGGCCCUCGUCUAUCUCACCGUGGCCAUAUACAUGCCAUCCACGAGGGCCUUCAAGAGUGGCAUCGAUCCCACGCCGGUGAUGUGCACCACCACCAGGGCGGUCAACAAGGACAACUGCGAGUGGGGCAGCUGUGGCGAGUGGUGCCUGAGUAAAACCUCUGGCGCCUGCAUCCAGAUCUACGUCAAUCUUCGCAGCAAUGGCAGCAAUUUGAUAUUCCAGAACUGCACCAAUUCGGCCAAUAAAACGUGCUAUGGCAUCGAUCAGGAUCGGGCGGACAAGGCUCGUUGCAUCAACGAUGAGUGCAAGAAUCUCACCGGCACCUUCAACUGCACCGCCGGCCAGUGUCUGAACAUCACGGAUGCCUUUGAGUGCGUCUUCCACAACAGCGAUGCACCGGUCAAGUGUUCCGGACGACGGGGCAAGAUCAACUGCAUGGACAUUAGUGGUCUGUACUCGUGCAGCAGGGGAACGUGCCGCAAAAUCAGGACUCCCUACAACUGCGACCGGCGGUGUGUGGACAUACCCACCCGGAACAAGAAUGUGGUGGUGCUCAGUGGGGACAAGGUCUAUCUAUCGCAGUGCCAGAAUGCCAUUAAUGCCGAGACACUGGAGGAGGUGUGGAACGAAUCGAAUGAUAAUGUGGCCAUGACCUCGUGCUAUUUCAUACGGCACACCUCGGAUCAGGUGGAUGCGGUGGACUGCAUCAAUGGUUCCACCCUGGAGCACAACAUGCUCAGCGAUCUGACCAACUUCACAUAUCUCAGCCACCUGCACGUUUCGGUGGCCACGCCAGUGCCGCAGAUAGCACCACCCGAUGUCGAUCUGACCAUCUCGAAUGAGUCCAAGCUGAUGAUCAACCUGGAGGGUUGUGUGAACACACUGAUGGACGAGUGCAAGGAGUUUCUGAAGGACUUUGGACGAGAUGGCAGUGACCACAAUGCCAGGGCACGAUUUCCCUGCUUCUAUUCGCCCGGGAAAAAGGAUGUGGUGGUGGCACGCUUCGACCUGGAGGUCACCUAUCGCCAGUUUGUGUUCGCCUCGGUGGUGCCAUCGGUCCUGUUCGUGGUCUCCUGUUCCAUCCUGAUCAUGUGCCAGACCACCGUCUAUGUGGGCGAUGAUGCCAAGAUGCGUUUCAAGGGAUGCGUGGACACGGAGACGGUCCUCAACAAGAGCAAUGUGGGUGCUCCCACCAACGGAGACAUGGGCGGGGGUGGCGGCGAUGAGGUUAUGGCCCUAUGAGAUCCGUCACGCAUUCCUCUGCUCCAGGAAGACAGUCCGACACACCAGACGGGAGUCUUCGCUUUGCAAUAAUUGGAGUUGGGCACCAGCUGAAAGUCAGAACACAAUCGAGCAACUUGAAAUUCUUUGUAAUCCUUCCAUCGACACCCUGA